AUGGACUCCGCUGUCUCCAGCCCACGACCAACAAUGCCCCCAAGCCAAAGGAGAAGUUCACUCCUUGAGCUUUCUGAAAUGCUCCGGGAGCUGGCCGAGAUGCAGGCCAAGCCAGAAACGGAGGAUGUAGAGAGUGUGCCCGAGUUUCGCGACCUUAUUCAUCAGCUCUGCCAAGAGGAACCAGCUGUUGCGCAAGCCAUCGCUGCAGCAAUACGAGAAAACAUUCCAGACCUGUCUCCUCGCCUACCAUCAAAACGAAAACGGAGACAAGAUCCGUCUUAUCGGCCGAGUCACGCGGUGCAAUCAGUUCCAAGGAAGAGGCAAUGUACCGACGAAGAAAACGUUGUCAAUGAGCCCAUGACUCCAGAGAGUCGAAUUCUCGAGAGCGAAAGUCCGGAAACCAGAGAUGCACUGGAUUCUAUGAUCUGUGUUGACACCGCUGGACUCAGACCCGCGCCUAAGCAUGAGAGCAAGUCAGACGUUCACUCGACGACGACGAUUGCCGUGAAUAAAGAAAAUGCCCUCAAUUGCGAGAACAUGUAUCGUAGCACAACGCCGAUAUCCCCAAAUAGGGAGCAGACAGAGCCGCCACCUACGCCCGAAGGAGAUGUCACUAAGGAUCAAUCCUUUAAGGACACAAUCUAUAAGAUGGUUGACAAUGUCAGCCUGCUUAAGAGACACCCAGACGAUCUGCCGCGCACUGUUCAUCAGAAAAUCCUGCAAAGUCUUCACACCAAUCAGGGCCCGAUCAUCGAAUCUCAAGCCGGUCAAUGGUCAGACGGGAAAACGUGGUUGGAGGUGUUGGAGAGAGGAUCCGCCACAAAUCGUCGGUGCAUCAUAUUCAAUAUGCUGGAAUAUAUGGGCGCCUCAAAAUGGUAUGACAGCCAGAUUGAGGUUGCAAAGCAAACGGUAAAAACCAAGCAAAACCAGCCUGUGGAUGAGAAGGGGGCAGCAAUGCAUGUGCUAUGCCGUAUCACUCAUGAGCAUGGCCUCCUCAACAGAAAAACCAUUACCAAUCAGUUCUCCAGAGGGAAGAGAGUGCGCCUGCUUGUCAAGGAACUCGGGCUAGGAAUCCUAUUUAGCCCCGAUAUCUGGUGAGUAUUAGAGAAACCAUAUUAGUUUUAUAUGCUUACCUUGCAUUUAGCUAUAUUGAGCCCUG